UGGUUGCACAAAUGAGAGAGUGAGAGCGAGUCUGACGUGCUAUCAAUUUCUUUGGAUUUUUUCCCCAUGGUUUUUCAACAAAUUAAAGUCCUUCUUUUAAGUGUAUUACAAUUAUUCCGAAGGGCGCUAUGCUGCUUUUCCAGGAAGAGAAAACCUAGUUAUUCUGAGCCCAUGAAUGUAGUCGUCGUACAACCAAAUUAUGGAGUCUUACCCGUUUCUAUAGCGCAAAGACCAUCGUCGAUGGCACCAGAACGGGAUUGGAAUUCUUGGGAUGAUAGUCCUCGCUCUGUGCAGGAACACAUUGAACAAUAUAGACAGCAAAUUGCAAAGCCCCCAACUCCCCAAACUGAAACAAACGAGCCAGACUUUUUCAAGGAAUUGACUCCCGUUAUAAAGCCACAACAGAAGAUCUACUUGCCCAGCGAUACACAAUCGAAUCAACAAGACUUUUCUCGACUGGAAGCUAAAACAGAUGUUCCCAUAGCUCUGAAUGCUGAAUUAGAAGACUGGGUUGAUGAAGAUGCCGGCGAUUGGGAGGAAAUGGAUAAUGAACAGACGAAGCAACUCAUCCGGGAGAAACGUAGAGAAAUGCGUAACAUGCGACAAAAAACACCAAAAUAUCCACAAAUGGCAAAUCACAUUCCCAACCCUAAUGCGUCCAAAGUUAUUUCGUAGUAUUUUUAUAGGCUAAUUGUAAGUUUCUUGUAAAUUGUAUUUUUGUUUAUUAUGCUACGUUUAUUUGUUCAAAUGCUUUUCUGUUAGUGACAUGGGAUUGGGUGUUAAUUAAGAAACAAAGGAUUUGAAAUACAUACAAAUUAUGUUCCAAGCAAAACAAAUAAACACAAAAACAUACGUAA